AGCAAGAGAGAUCGAUCUAGACCCUGAACUUGAAACCCUAGUUAAGAGAAGAACGAAGAAUAUUAUGGCUGUAUCGCCUUGCAAGCGCCUUCUUCUCGUGGCCCUUCUUUUGCUUUUCCUCGCAUCAGCCGGAGGAAGAAGCUUAAGAACAGUAGUAGGAAGGGGUAAUGGAGCUGAAAAGGUUGAAGAGGAUGGAACAUUUGAAGCGGAGGAAAAAGGGAACGUGCCAAACGCGGCAGAGCUGAUGACAAUGGACUACACUCCGGCGAGAAAGAAACCUCCAAUCCAUAACUGAUUAAUCCUCUGUGUGUAUUAUAGACUUAUAGUCCUUUAGUUUUGCACUGUUUACGGAUGAGUUUGAUCAUUACGUGUAGUUUGGAUGACAGAAAAUGUCAGCGUUGGGAAUAGUUUUUGGCACUGUUAAAUACUGUUCAUUUUUUCAAGCACCUGUGUUUUCAGUUUUGGUUAAAAAAUGUUGAGAAGCGGCACAAACACUGUAUCAUUCUUAAAUCUUUCGGGUUUGUAAAGGCGGGCAAAGGGCCAUAUAAACGUCGA